AUGGGUAUGUGACGAAUUUUUUCUCUUGGAGUUGAUAGGUGAUCUUUGCGAUUACUAACACCCGUGAUAGGUAAACUAGACAGCUAUGCCAACCACCAAAGGCCCGAACUCGUAUCAUUUGACGAUAUAAGCUACAACGAUUUAUCGGAAGUGGACGCUGCUAGAAAAUCGAUGCUCAGAGAGCAGUGGAUAAGAACAUACGAGUUGAGAGUGACACACGAAGCCGUGAGGAAAUGCAAACAAUACCACCAGGACGACGCGGGAAGGAAUUGCAAGCCGUUGAUAUUGAAGUACCUCAAGAUGCUAGAAGCAUACCAAUUCCAGGGCUACCAAGGCUACCAAAAGAACGAUCCGUCGAAAUAG